AUUAUCAAAACACGAUGGAAUUGGGUUACAAUGACGGAAAUUUUAACAACCUAGAUUAUGUCACUAUGCAUAAGCAACAGUAAAUCGUUAUUAACAAUCUGCUCACAUGGAACAUGUUAUCUAAUACUUUCAGUCUCAUACAUUCUCAUACCUAAUAAAGCUUUUUGGAAUGCAUGGGUACCUAGUGAAUGGAUUAAUUUAUACAAGAACUGCGAAACGAAAUACGAAACCGAACGUUGUGUGUAAAGUUUAAUUUGUGUGAAUCGUCUUGAUUGAACUACGUCCAACAAAGAUGAAGAGAUCUAGAAGCAAUACAAAUAUCCCUGUCCCUUCAAAAGGUGCUACGAACUUAUUUGGAUCUCGUACGUCCAUCUCCAAACCACAGAGGGCCAGUUCUUGUAACAGAGAUAGUGUGUUAGGAUCUGUCGACAGACAUAGAAAACCAUCUCAAGAAAGAAAACCAUCACUGGAGAGGAAGCCUAGUCUAAGUAGAAUAUCGAGACUGACACCUUUGUUUAACAGAGCUUCCACUUUGUCAGUACCGUCAUCUGCAGGAGGUAGCAGUAGAAGAAAGAGCCCAGGAUCAGCCUAUAGAGAAAAAAAGACAGUCCACCAACUAGUCGCUGACACGAGAUGGGUAGACGAACAAUACCAAAAAGUGAAAUAUUUCAUAAUAGAAAACAAUGUUUUCAAUCAUCCAGUGCCGAAUUUGAAACCUCCUACCAUUAAACAGUUCAUACAUGUUAUUGAAACUCUACUGGUCGAAUUGUUCCCUGGACUAAAAAUAAACCAGGAGAAUUAUAAAGAAGUCAUCGUUGAUAUGCUGAAAGUGCUUAAGUUCUCUGGGUCGAUACCAAUAUCUACUUUGAAAACAGUCAAUGUCAUGCGUACCUGGCCGCAAAUUAUAACAGUUUUCGCAUUUUUUAUUGAUAAAGUGAAUUUGCAAAGACGGGAUCCGUUUGAGGAGGUUCCUAGGUGUUUUACGACUGCCGAUGAAGAGUUAAAUUACAAGAGAUAUAAGCUCUGCGAAGAACAUAUUUUGAGGGAAUAUAGAAUUUUCAAUGGCGAUUUUAAUGCGGAAGAUGAACAGCUGGCCAGUGAAUAUCCUAGGAUGAUUGCCAACUUAUUGGGCGUAGAUUUGGAUAGAAUUGAGUGGCUUAAAAGUGAUAUCGAGGAAAAGAGAAAAAUGGCGGAGGCGCAGGAUGAAGAACUUGACAAGCUGUCCAAAGAGAAAGAUGAUAUAUUGAAAGCAAACAAGGACAUCGACGCUAAAAUUUUGGAAAUCGAAAAAAGUAUAGAAACAGAUACUACAAAAACGAGAGAAGAUCUCGAAGACGUAAACAAAGCAAUUGAAAAACUGCCCGCAUUGAAAAAAGAACUCGACGAACAUAUCGCCAAGCUGGAGGUAGAAAUAAAAGCGCAACCGUGCACUGUCGAGGAAUUAGAAAAUUUGAAAAAAGAAAUUGAUGUGUUGAACAACAAAAUCGAUAUAAAAGCUGCCAAAGUGAAACAUGCCAGGGAGAUCAAGGAAGAGUAUGAUUUAAAGUUGGAUGAAGAACGAAUUACGAAUCGCGAUAUGGUAAUAAAAUGGAACAUGAGUCUGAUGAAGGUCAUAAUAAAAAUGCCGAAUCUCAAUCAGCUGUUGCUACCGGAAAACGGCUUCCACAGCAAAUCCUAUUUCGAACAACUUGAAGAGAUGUUACAAAUGAAGGAUACGGUCGAACGUCAAUUGAUAGCAGAUAUAUCUGCAACAAAAGCACAGCUGCAAGAAAAUAUUGAUAUGAAGCGAGAAUUAAAAACGAGCAUCGCCGGAAAACAGGCGGAGAUACAAAAGAUGCGUCAAGAAAUAGAGACUGUCACCAAAGAGGUCGAACAUUAUGAAUUGGAGAUAGAUACGAUAAAAAAUAAACAGAGCAAAAUGGAAGAUGAACUGCAGCAAAAAUUGUGGGAAUUAUCGAACUCGUCAAAGUUAAAAGAACUUAAAGCUACGUGUGAUGCUCUAACUGAGAAAAGGAAUAUGCUAGAAAUAAAGCGGAAGAAGACAGGAGAAAAGAUCUUAGCUACAUUUAUAGAAGUGUACGAUAUCAUGAGGAAGAAGAUUGAAAUGAUGGUUAAGGUGGGAAACGAACUUGAAGAUUCUGUACAUGCAGCUACGGCUGCGGUUGUGCAGAAACAAGAAAAAAAAUUGCAGGUAUGCAGAGCAUUGAAGGAAAUUCAAGUGAGGCUGACGCAGCUUCAGAAAGAUGAUAAGGAUAGUAAAACAUAGGAUUGUAUAAACAGUUUAAAUAUUUCUCAUGGCAUAUUUGUAUUUUAUUUUUUCUUCACUGGAAAUAUAUUUUUAUUACGUUUU